AUGUCACAAGAAGAGUUCGUUAACAAAAUCAAGGAAAUGACUAUUAAGUGUGACGAUAGUAGUGGACCGCAUUCUGGGAAGGAGCGUAACGAGCUUGCUGAUCACUGGACUACCGUGGGCCGUCCAACCGAAAAAUCGCAGCAGCAGUCGUCAAUCGCUCACCGAAGUAAAAAUACCGGAUACCGUGAAAAGCUUUCGGGACGAGAGAUGCACAAUCUGAUUCUUAAAUAUUCUGUAGAAGGCAACCAUACCAUGGUUAUCCUCCUCUGUGAGGAAGCUAUAGACGAUUUGACCAAGAAACAUGGCCGCAAUCACCGGAACGUCGCUACCGUGCUGAAUAUUCUAGGAUUAACAUAUCGCGAUCUGGGCAGAUACGAGGAGGCUAAAGACGUGAUAAAUGAAGUGCUGGUUAUUCGAGAGAAAACGCACAAAGAUAAUCAUCCUCUGUUCAUGGCAACUUUGUCUACCUUAUCGGCGUUGCACGGAAAAUGCCGCAUAUGGCCAGAAGCGGCGCGCCACUCUACGCGGCUUUUAGAAAUUCGGAAACGCACAUUGGGUAAAUAUCAUCCCGAUGUAGCCUGGCAUAUGUAUUCUUUGGCAUCGAUAUACAGAAACCAGCAUAAAUAUGACAAAUGUGAGUUCUAUUGCAAGCAAGCAUUGCACAUAUUUGAAUCGAUAUUCGGUCCACAUGACCUGAACGUCGCAAAAACCAGUAAUGGUUUAGCUAGUUGCUACAUAGAGCAGGGAAAGUUUGAUGAUGCAGAGAGAAUGUACAAACAGGUCCUAACGAGAGUACAUGAGAGGAAGUUUGGCCCUAUCGACGAUAAUAACAAGCCGAUCUGGCAGAUUGCGGAAGAACACGAAGCCAAUCGGAUAAAACGAGAUAAUACGCCGUACAGCAUUUACGGCAACUGGCACCGGGUCGACGUGGUGAAUUGCGCAACGGUAAAGCAAGCGUUGCAAUACCUUGCUGGGUUGUACGGCAAAAAAGGCCUAAAAAUAGCAGCGUGCACAGUGGUAAAAUGCGUCAUGCGAAUGACAGACGAACACAUCCCAUGUAUACCGAACCCAAGAUUUCCACGAAAGAGAUGCCGUUGUCCCAAGAACGGUUUACCGCCGGUAAUCAAUAGAUUAAGACGUGAAAAACAAUACAAAUAG